GGGAGCGCGGGCGCCGCGCCGCCUUUAAAGUGAGGCCAGGGGCCGCGGCUGUGACCGGCCGGGAUCCGGGCCUCGCCUCUUCCCUCGGCGCUAGGGCUCCCUGGCCUGUGUUCGGUGCGGACGGAGAAGCGAAAGCGGAUCGUCCCGGCUGGACCGCCGCUGGCCCGGGGACUCAGCGCUCUCCCUCGGCGCACCCACCCACCCACUCGGCCGGGCCCGGCCCGGCCGCGGCGGCAGCUCGGCGCACCCAGCCAGAAUGUUCGCCGCCGGGCUGGCUCCCUUCUACGCCUCCAACUUCAGCCUCUGGUCGGCCGCCUACUGCUCCUCGGCCGGCCCGGGCGGCUGCGCCUUCCCCUUGGACCCCGCCGCGGUCAAGAAACCCUCCUUCUGCAUCGCAGACAUCCUGCACGCCGGCGUGGGGGAGCCAGGGGCGGCCGCGGAGGGUCUGGCGGGGGCCUCGGCCGCCGCCCUCACCGCGCAUUUGGGCUCGGCUCACCCGCACCCCUCUUUCCAAGCGGCCGCCAGAUCCCCGCUUCGACCCACCCCGGUGGUGGCGCCCUCCGAAGUCCCGGCUGGCUUCCCUCAGCGGCUGUCUCCGCUCUCAGCCGCCUACCACCACCAUCACCCGCAGCAACAGCAGCAGCAACAGCCGCCUCAGCAGCAGCAGCCUCCGCCUCCACCCAGGGCUGGCGCCUUGCAGCCACCGGUCUCCGGGGCGCGGGUGGCUCCAAACCCCCCGCACAGCGGCUCGGCCCCGGCCCCCUCUAGCAAGGACCUCAAAUUUGGAAUUGAUCGCAUUUUGUCUGCAGAAUUUGACCCCAAAGUCAAGGAAGGCAACACGCUGAGAGACCUCACCUCCCUGCUAACCAGCGGGCGGCCCGCAGGGGUGCACCUCCCCGGCCUGCAGCCCUCUGCCGGGCAGUUCUUCGCGUCUCUAGAUCCCAUUAACGAGGCUUCUGCCAUCCUGAGUCCCUUAAGCUCGAACCCGAGGAAUUCAGUUCAGCAUCAGUUUCAAGACACGUUUCCAGGUCCCUACGCCGUGCUUACGAAGGACACCAUGCCGCAGACCUACAAAAGGAAGCGCUCCUGGUCGCGGGCGGUCUUCUCCAACCUGCAGAGGAAAGGCCUGGAGAAGAGGUUUGAGAUCCAGAAGUACGUGACGAAACCCGACCGAAAGCAACUGGCCGCGAUGCUAGGCCUCACCGACGCCCAGGUGAAGGUGUGGUUCCAGAACCGGCGAAUGAAGUGGCGGCACUCCAAGGAGGCCCAGGCCCAGAAGGACAAGGACAAAGAGGCGGGCGAGAAGCCGUCGGGCGGAGGAGCGGCUGCGGACGGCGAGCAGGAGGAGCGGAGCCUCAGCCGCUCGGAGGGCGAGGCCGAGAGCGAGAGCAGCGACUCCGAGUCUCUGGACAUGGCCCCCAGCGACACGGAGCGGACUGAGGGGGCCGAGCGGUCUCUGCACCAGACCACGGUCAUCAAGGCCUCGGCAGCGGGCGCCCUCCUCCCGGCCAGCGGCUGCGGGAGCGCGGGAAGCGGCGGCGGCAGUGGCGGCUUCAGCUUCUCCAGCCUCGGCGGCGGCGGCGGUGGUGGCGGCGCGGGGAGCGGGGGCGGCGGCGCCUCCGAGCUGCUACCGGCGCCCCAGCCCACCCUCAGCGGCGCUCCGCAGAGCCCCGAGCCCGCCCAGGCACCGCUGGGCGGCCCGUAGACUGCACGAGGCAGGGCCCCGGGGCCCGCGUGCCGCCCCCAGCCUCCCAGGGUGGGCUGGAUUUUGCGCCUGCUUUGUGUUGGCGGUGGGGCUGGGACCGGAGACGCCGCAGCAGAGCUACCUUGCCCAAGGUCCCACCUGCCCACCGCUGUCGCGCUGGUGCCCAGAGCCCAGGGGGCCUCAGGACCCCCGCCCGAGGACCCGGCGCCGGCCAAAACUUCUCCCCAGCAGCGAGCAGUUCACACUGUGAAGUGUCGGACGAAACAGCUUCUCCCCGCACUCCGGGGGGUUGUGCCGCAAGGACGAGCUGCACUUAGGACGCCAUGAACUUGUAAAUAAAA